AUGAAAAGUCAACUUUUUGUAACACUUUUUAUAAUAUUUUCAUCUCUUUUAGUAACUGGAAGAAAUCCUUAUAGUGGAUAUUUAACCCAAAAUUUAAAAGUUCUUUUAGAAUGUAAUUUUAUAGCCUAUUAUAAUUUAAAAGAGAAUGGACCUGAUGUUGAUUCCUUUUUAGAUUUUGUGUUGGAACCUGAACAGUUUUAUUGGUUUGUAGAGCAUUAUUUGUCCGUUCCCUUUAGAGUCCCAGAAAAACUAAAAGAUAAAAAAACUAGAGACUUAUCAGAUUGUGUAAAUCGUACAUGGGUAUCUGAAUUUUUAUUAGAAUUCAAAGAACCAGACAUUAAUAAACUGAUUAUGCAUCUUAAUACAGAGCAAAAAAAUUUUCUUUCGUAUUAUAACCGUCAUGCUAUACUAGUUGGAAAAUUUACUGUAUUUCCAAUUAAAGAAUUUCAUAAGUAUUGCAUCUUACCACCAAUAAUAAAAACAACUAUAAGAGAAAGUGAUGAUGAAGAACAUGAGUUAACUUUUGAAUUAACUAAAGAUGAAUAUAAAAUAUAUUUGGGUGCAAUUGGAUCUCAAGUUACAGCCAUCAAAUAUUUAUAUACUAAUAUGCAUGAUGAUAAAAGAAAAAAAGAAUUAAAAAAAAUAAUAGAUAAUGAAGAUGAUAUAUCUAUUAUUUGUCCAGUUUACAAUUUAAAAUUGCACUAUAAUAAAGAUUGUCAAUCGGAAAAGACUAUUUUGAAAUGUCUUGAUAAUUAUAUAAGAAAAUCCUGUGAUAGAGAAAUAAAAACAGAAUAUGCUGCUUCUUUAUGUAAACAUUUAUAUUUUCUUUUUACAAAUUUGAAAGGUUCCUAUUUAGACAAUUUUAAACAAUUUUUACAAGAUAGAAAUAUAAGUUUAGUAAAACCACAAUCUGUAUGGAAUGUUCCAGUAUUUAAGGUAUAUAAGCCAAGUGAUAUUGAAGAAAAUUCAAAUAAUAUAGAAUCAGGAACUUUUAAAAUACUUAAUAGUAAAAACUUAAUAUUCUUGUCUUUUCAUGGUGAAAUUCCGAAAAGUCCAUACUAUGAAGUUGAAAUACAAACACUACCUAAUCUAAGUACAUAUGCAGAUAGUAUUGCUGACAAACUGCGUAGGUUUUUUUACUACUUUAAAAAAAUGUCAUCACCUAUUAGCCCAGUUUCAGUUGAAGAAUUAAAUCACAAUAUUACCGAAUUUUCUUUUAAGGAUGUUCAACAAGAAGUGGAAUGCAGUAAAGUACAAAAGAGUUUAGAUAUUCAAUUAGAGGUUGAAACGAUGAAAGGAGUUGUCACAGAAAAAAUAUGUAAAAUUAUUGAAAAUAAUACUCUCACUAAAAUACCCGUUGAUAAACAAAUAGUAAAAGAUUUUUAUGUUAUACAUGAUGAUAUACCUAAAGGAUUUCGUAUUCAGUGUAUUGUAUUAGCCACUUUUGUGGAAAUGUAUAAUAUUAUUAGACAAAUUUUGAAUUUAGAGAGUAUUCUAUCCUUAACAAGAUAUACAUCAUUAUAUUUACAUAAAUUUUUUAAUAGUGUAACUUAUUUAAAAGGAAAUUUUUUGUAUAAAAAUACGUUUGCACUAAAAUAUGCAAAUGCAUGUAGCAAAGCAGUUUUACAUGUUCCUUCUGUUCUAUAUAGGAGGAACCUUUACAUAUCUGAAACAUUUUUAUCAUUAUAUUUAGGUUUAUCUAACUUAGUUUCAUCUAACCCUUCUAGUCCUUUUUUUGAGUAUGCAAUAAUUGAAUUUCUUGUGUCAUAUUUCAAUAAGGGUUCUGAAAAAUUUGUUCUUUAUCUUAUAACUAUACUUUCCGUUCUACACCUAAACGUAUAUUAUUAUGAACAAAUUUAUUGUCAUUUUAAGGAACAUUUCUCAGUUUUAAAAUCAAAAAUGAUUCACCCAGAUAUAGCAAGUCGUAUCAUAAAAAGUUUACAAAAAUUAAUAAAAAGUGAAAAGUACUUAAAAAUGUUUACCUUAUACGUAGAUUUUGAGAGUGACGAUAUAUUUGAUAGAGAAAGUGUUUUCAGAACAAUUAUGGAUUUUCGAGAUUUUUAUAUGGAUGGUGAAACCAAAAAAGAAACAAAAUUGGAAGAAAUAUCAGAAAUGCCUAUACAUUUAGAUACACCUAAUGAUGGUAUUGGUUAUAGAAAAGAGGAUGUGCUUUUUGAGGUGGAUAAAGGAGAAUCUAUUGAGGCAUUAUUAGAUGAAGAAUACAUGGAAGACAAAGAUGUAGAGAUUACUGAUGAGGAAAAAGAUCAUAAAUCAAACUUUUUAAACAUCCUUUCAGAAAGAAAAGAUAUAUGUGUAUACAACAAAGAUCAAGAAUUACAAUUAAAAUUAUCUAAGUACAUAGGAAAAAUCAGGGAAGAUGAAACAGAUUUGGAAAAAGGUUCAAGUGAGAGGUCUCUUGUAACAUCUCAAAUGGUAAAAGAAAGAGAACAACAAAUAAGUGAAGAAAUGGAUAAAAUUGAAGAAAUUGGUGAAUCUCAAAAACCAUAUACACAAAAAAGCGCCUUGGAUUCAACUAGUGAAGAAAGUGUAUCUACUUCUGAUGGUUCAGAAUGUGAAAGUCCAAAAAAACCGAAAGGUAGUAAAUUUGGAGAUCUAGUAAAACCUAAACAAAAACUAGAUAAAGAUGAUUCCAAAAAAAAAGGUCCUAAAAAAAGGGGAUGGAUAUCUAGAAAGGUAGAAUCUUUUUUAAAAAGUAAUGCCCUAAGAAAAUUAUUUAAAAAAAGGUAA